AAAAACCGGUUCUAAUGCUAAAACCGGGAGCGGACCCGUGUCGGGAGCUCGGGGUUGGCGCUGCCUCCGCUGCUCCCCCCUCUGCCGGAUCCCCCCCCGCUGCACCUCCCGGUUCUUCCCGGCCCCGCCGAGCCCCAAAUCGGGUCAGUCGCUCUUUAAACGCCUGGAACGGCCGCACCAUGUGAUGCUCCCGCUCCGGCUGGGAACUGGCAGAGCCUGCGGGAGCCCAACGGUGCCGAGCACCGGGACCGAGCCCAGUCCGCUCCCCGAGCAUCCCUCCGCUCCCCCCCCAGCAUGUCCCCCCCGUUACCCUGCGGGUAAGAACCUCUUGUUAUCUUGGGCACCCCCAAAACCAGCCCUCGGCUUGCAGGACAAGGUGACCGCGGGACCCCAGCUUGAGCGGGGAGGGGACCCGAGCAUCAUGGCACACUCCGUCUCAGCCUUCCAGGCUGCCUACAUCUCCAUCGAAGUCCUCAUCGCUUUGGUGUCCGUGCCGGGGAAUAUCCUGGUCAUUUGGGCUGUGAAGAUGAACCAGGCAUUGCGGGAUGCCACUUUCUGCUUUAUCGUCUCGCUGGCGGUGGCCGACGUGGCCGUGGGGGCCCUGGUCAUCCCGCUGGCCAUCAUCAUCAACAUCGGACCGCAGACGGAGUUUUACAGCUGCCUCAUGGUGGCUUGUCCCGUCCUCAUCCUCACCGAGAGCUCCAUCCUGGCGCUCCUGGCCAUUGCCGUGGAUCGGUACCUGCGGGUGAAGAUCCCUGUCAGGUACAAGAGCAUGGUGACACCCCGGCGGGCAGCCGUGGCCAUCGCUUGCUGUUGGAUCGUCUCCUUUCUGGUGGGACUCACCCCUAUGUUUGGCUGGAACAACCUGAACAAGAUGCGGAGGACUCAGGAGCUGAACGCCAGCCACACGCAGUUCGUCAUCAAGUGUCAGUUUGAGACGGUCAUCAGCAUGGAGUACAUGGUGUACUUCAACUUCUUCGUCUGGGUCCUGCCUCCCCUGGUGCUGAUGCUGCUCAUCUACCUGGAAGUCUUCAACCUCAUCCGUAAGCAGCUCAACAAGAAGGUCUCCUCCAGCUCCAAUGACCCUCAAAAGUAUUAUGGGAAGGAGCUGAAGAUCGCCAAGUCUUUAGCGCUAGUCCUCUUCCUCUUUGCUCUCAGCUGGCUCCCUCUGCACAUCCUCAACUGCAUCACCUUGUUCUGCCCGUCCUGCGAGACGCCGCACAUCCUCACCUACACCGCCAUCUUCCUCACCCAUGGCAACUCGGCCAUGAAUCCCAUCGUCUACGCCUUCAGGAUCAAGAAGUUCCGGACAGCUUUCCUGCAGAUCUGGAACCAGUACUUCUGCUGUAAAACCAACAAAAAUGCCGGCACCACCACAGCUGAGCUGGGCAACUAGGAGCUGGGAGAGGGCAGAGAGGGGACGUCCGUGCCCAGGCUGGUCCCCAUGCGGCCGCUGCUCCUGCUGCCACUGAAGGGAUGGUGACAACCCAGGAGGGCUGGAGUCACCAGCCAUGUGCAAUCCGAACAGCCGCGUCCCCCCCGGCUUCCCCGGGGGGUUAUUUAUUCACAAGCAUCGUACUGUUUUGAGACUGUAGCCUGCACUGUUCCUUUUCUUAUUUUGUUUGUUUGGGUUUUUUUCUGUUUUUGUUUUGUUUUUUUUUUAAGGGUUGCCAAGUAUUUAAGGAGAAAUUGUACAGACAAUGGCGCAAUUUAUCUUCAUGCAAAUAAAGUAAAAUGAUAAAAAACCA